AAAUUGCCCGGUUAAACCACAAAAGCACUGAUGACAAUACAGCUGCCUCAACGCCAAGCGGAAAGCGCUCGCACUCGCAAUAAGUUGCUCUCGCUUCACUUCAAGUGAGCAAGGAAUACGUCCACAGGUCCUUUUUAUUGAUUUUUCGCUGCCAAGUGGAAAAGUCAAACUUGGAGUAUUUGUCAAAUACUCAACUUAAGUGGCUGACAGUGAAUGCUUAUUGACGAGUACACACAAAAUUAACAUAUUUGACACGAAUUGCUGUUUUGCGAAAAAGUGUUGGUGUUACGGCAUAUCUACAACAAGAAGAGUUAAUUUGAGAAUAAAUCUUGGCAGAAAAUAUUAAAAAAAAUAUAUAUAUAUAACUCGACCAGUGUCUUUGUGCUUUGUGUCUCUGCAAUUAAGAAUCAUUGUAUUUGUGUGCAGAGCCAGCAAUGCAAAAACAGCCGAAGUGAAAAAUUCAAUCAAAAAAAGGAAACGUCCUUCGACUUUGACUCCAUUUUGAAAACAAUUUGUGUUUAAAUAGAAAGUGUCUGGGAAAAAAGUGUAUAACUGAAAAUUGCCACAUUCUGUGCAAGGAACAGAAAACCAUACAAUCCCGCCGUCCUCCUCCCCCUUCAAACUGCGGAGCUAAAUAAAAAGUAGGAAACCAAGACAAUUAAGUGUUUCAGUGCUCCAACCUACCCCACGCGACGACUGGCGUCUAACCACAACGGCAGCCUACUUACUCUCCCUCCGUGUUGGCAAUUAAUUACAGCUAUCGUGCAAGCCAGCCGCUUGUUGUUGUGCUCCUUUUCCACUUAGUUUCCUGAUGUGCCACAAGUAUAUUGUUUAAUCAAUAACGAAUAGAGCGAUUUGCGAGCACCACCGCCACCAUCACCGCGACCCCCAGUUCCAACACAUCCAUAUCCGCGUUGCAUUUGUGUGCGAGUGUGUGUUGAGAAUAUAAUAUUGCUAAGCCGUCGCGCACCCUCGCAAUGCAAAGGCAGUUGCAAACUAUUUAGACGACCGAUAGUUUAGCGUACGUUUGGUGAGCCCCUGCUAACCAGCCCUCGACGCCACCAUUCGCGUCGCAAAAAUGUACAAGACGGUGCGGCAUGGCGAAAACAGCCUACAGUAUACGAUACUGCCACAGAACGAUGACUUUCGCAUUGAGGGCAAGCUAUCGAGCGCAGGCAACAAUUGCAGCAGCGCUGCUGGCCGCAAAGGCAAGGCGCGGCGCCCCAGACGACGCUCAUUCUUCGCUUACUUGGGCUUGAUUUUCAUCUGCACCGUUAUUAUAGGUGCUAUAUUGGUGCCGUUCCUAGUGUCGGCCGAAUGCUUGCCCAAUCCCACUGAGUGGUUUCUGAAGACGAAGGCAGCACUAUCACAUGGCGGCGGCAUAAAUGGACUACACAGGAACGUUGGCGGACCGAGAGAAGCUUUGCGUAGGACGGGCGAAAAUGGUGGCGGCCACCACCUACCGCAACACAACAGCGCCGCGAGCAUUGGUCAGAAAGUGGAAAUUAUCAAUAGCGACGGCGUAGAGAAAAUCAUUUUGCGCGUCAAUAAAACGCAAGCGGAGCCGAAAUUAAAUGAUACCAAGGACAGGCCAGUUGGAUAUGUGUCGGAUAAGGAGGAGCAGCCGCCAACAGAGGAAACCAAUGCAGCUGCUGCGGAUAAAAGAAUGGAUGGAAGAACAGAACCACAAAAGGAUAUUGUCACAGUGGGAAAGGAUGACGCGAUUGCGAUCACAACCACAAUGCCGGCCCCAAAUAUCGGUGCUGGAGAUGGGCUUGGCCUGCCAAAUAAGGCAGAGCCACCACUGAAAGCGAAUAAUUUUGUUUCGGAAGUGCGUUUCGAUUCAGGCAGCAUGCAGUCAUUGCCUGGUGUUCCGCCCACCAUCGUGGUAACCACCACGAUGCACACACAGCCUGCUCAAAAUGGUAACCAAUUUAAUGGCAACAAUAAUGUGGGCAACAAUGGCGUACCAAGUCGUCCGUUACAAAAUGGCCCCGCACCCGCAAUACGUCCAACUACGUCCUUUUCGACCACCAGCAUUUAUUCGCCACAUGCACCCGCUGCAGCUUCUGCACCAGCUGCAGCUACAUUUAAUGUCAACACGAUUUCAAAUCAAAACGCCAGCGCUGUAGUCUUUCCCACCAUUACGACACGCAUCAUGCAAUUGCCGCUGCUCAAGUCUACGGCUAAGAAGCCCAUCAUACCGCCGGUGCUGGCGCGCCCCAAUUCGGAAGCUAUACCGCCCAGGCAGUCCGAUAACAGUGGCGCAGAUGCGAAUGAGCCGCUAAAAGUGAAUGCCGCAGAUGUUGUGGAGACUAAAGACGCUGACUGGAUACAAUCGCAUUGGCCUUACAUUGAUCCGUCGACCUACUUUCAGUGGACCGGGUACAAGGAGGACAGCGUUUUAUUGCCUGCAUUACUGGGUUUCGCCUUAACUGGCAUGAUUCUAAUAAUUGCGGUCUGCUUGGUGGCACGCAACAAACGCGCCAUCGUCUCCUCGGUGCGCAAGCGGAAUCGCAAUGAUGUCGAAGAGGCC